UUCAAUCACGUAACAGCACAGUCAAACGGCGAGGGCGAUGGAAUUUUGGGCUCUGUCGCUUUCCGUACUGGUGUUACAUCUAAAUCCUUCCUCCCCGUUUGACCCUUCUUCAUUCCUGACGCCGCCGCAUGUUAGCAAGAUGAGCGGAGCCGGUGCGAAAAAGAGCCCUUCGACCGGAGUUAUGGGCUGGAUCAGCUCCACGUGUCGUUUUGUAACGGACAGAAACGAUUUUAAAAGGAAUCUUCUUGUCAACUUAGGCUUGUUUGCUGCUGGUGUUUGGGUGGCGAGAAACCUUUCAGAUUUUGACCUGAUGUCUCCUCAGCCUGUGACAUAGCGCGGCUCCACGGCGUCAGAAUGAUGGCCUGUUGGACCAACAAAGAAGAAAAAAAAUGUAAAAGAACAACAAAUGUUCAUAAAAAGUUGUAGUAAAUACUUAAAUGUUUGAA